AUGGAAGAAGACGCAGAGAACCUCUUCACCGCAUGCGACAGCAUGAAGAAAGGCUACCUGAGUUUGGAAGACUUGAUGCGACUUUGUCCCACGUUUACAAAAGAACAAGCGGAACAGGUGCUAACGUUACUGGAUGCGGACAACGAUGGCAAAGUGUCGAAAGGCGAGUUUAUCAAGGGCUUCCAGUGUAUCGAAUCAGCUCGAGAGGCUGCCUCAGAAGAAAAAGAACAAGAAACAGCCAGGCCAAGUCGUCCAAGGCAUGUCAACCUGUUAAGGCGGUUUUCUACCGAAUGGAACCAAUUAAACAAACGCAACGAAGAUGUGUUCGAAACUAGCAGCACGUCGUCGGAUCAAAGUAAAACGAUUGAGGAGCUCAAGUCACUCAUAUCUGAUAUUUAUAAGGAAAUCGGCGACUAUAUUCAUCACAACGAAAAGGUGGAACGACAAGCUUACAUAGAGCAGCUGUCAGAGUUACAGAACAAUGUCGAAAAUCAGAUCACUCGUGCCAUGACUGUCAAUAAAAUGGCUGUAAGUGUCAUGAGGUCACAAAACCAAACAAAUAAUUGA